AUGGAAUCAGCAAACCAAACAGAUAUAGUGGAAUUCCUCCUCCUGGGCCUCUCAGAUGAUCCAGAAGUUCAGUCCAUUCUCUAUGGAGUGUUCCUGUCUAUAUACUUUGUUACGGUGCUUGGUAACCUGCUCAUCAUCUUGGCCAUCAACUCUGACACACAUCUCCACAACCCCAUGUAUUCCUUUCUCUCCAAAUUGUCCUUGGCUGACAUCUGUAUAAGCUCAAGCACUAUCCCAAAGAUGGUGGUGAACAUCCAAACACAGAAUAAUAGCAUCAGUUACACAGGCUGUCUCACUCAGGCCUUCUUUGUCUUGCUUUUUGCUGGUUUGGAAAAUUGUCUCCUUUCAGCAAUGGCCUAUGAUCGCUAUGUGGCCAUUUGCCAUCCCCUCAGUUACACAGUCAUCAUGAACACUAGCCUCUGCGGUCUGAUUAUUUUACUCUCCUUGUUCAUUAGUAUUGUGAAUGCAUUACUGCUCAGUUUGAUGGUGCUUCCUCUGUCCUUCUGCAAAGACAUAGAAAUCCCCCACUUCUUCUGUGAACUUGCUCAGAUCAUCAAGUUAUCCUGUUCUAAUACUUUUAUCAAUAACAUCCUGAUAUAUGUGGCAGCUUUCUUAUUUGGUGGCAUUCCUCUCUCUGGAAUCAUUUUCUCUUAUACUCAAAUUGUCUCUUCUAUUUUGAGAAUACCAUCUGUGAAAGGAAGGUAUAAAGUCUUUUCCACCUGUGGUUCUCACUUGUCAGUUGUGUCCUUGUUUUAUGGGACAGGUUUGGGUGUGUACAUCAGCUCAGCAGUUACUGACUCACCCAAGAAGACUGCAGAGGCAUCAUUGAUGUAUUCUGUGGUAACUCAAAUGCUGAACCCUUUUAUAUAUAGCCUGAGGAACAAGGACAUGAAGGAAGCCUUGAGGAAACUCAUUAGUAAGAUAGCACCCCAUAUAUAA